ACGCGGAAGUUUGUUGCUCCAGUGUCUUAUCUAAGCCGCCCGUAAAAAGAAGGACAUUUUAUUCUUAUUUAUGUGUUUAGCUUAAACUUUAUGGUGUUUUAGUCAUCUACGCGGAGACAAUUUGACCAGGUUUUAGCGACGGAAAAUGUUCAAGGCAAAAAUAGUCCUUAUUGGUCCCAAAGAGUGUGGGAAAACCGCCCUCGCAAACUUUCUUUCCAGCACGACAGAAUACCUCGAUGGCGAGUACAGACCCACUCAGGGGGUCCGGAUCCUGGAGUUUGAAUCCCAUCUUGAGGGGAGCGGCGACAGAACAUGUGAGGUGGAGCUCUGGGACUGUUCAGGGGAUUUCAAGUUUGAGUCGUGCUGGCCCGCCCUCAUGAAGGACAGCAGCGGCGUGGCGAUCACCUUCAAUCCCGACGUUCCGACUCACCUGAAAGAAAUCGAGACUUGGCACUCGGUGUUCGUCUCCUCCCAGGGUUUGCAGGACAGUCAGUGUUUGCUCAUAGCUCACCACAAGCCGGGGAGCGAAGCAGAAAACGGACGGCUGCCUUUAGCAUCAACUCUGGGAAAACUGCAGCUGAUUCACUCCAACCUGGAGGAGGAGCCUGAAGACGUGAGGAGGGCGUUCUGCAGAUACCUGGGAACCGUGGUCAACGCCAUGUCGGAAAGUCGGGAACGCGAGGAGAUGUCCAUCAUUUCGUAGCUGAAACCUUUGGACACGACGACGUGUUUCAAAAGUGAUGUUUGCUGGACGAUAUGAGUUCAUGUUCCGUCUCUUCUUUGGUUUGUUCAGCUUUUUGUAAAUAAAACAAACAUUUUUUCUUCAGAA